UUAUAUUUUAUAAACUAUUGUCCAGUUAUCUGUUUGCAGGUGGUCACUUGGUGCUAUAAUGUACAAGAUGCUCGUUGGUUAUCCCCCAUUUUACUCUGAUGAUCCAGUAAUUACAUGUCGAAAGGUUUUAUUUUGCUGAAAAUAUUUGUUUGAUUUUUUUUUUUUCAAAAGUUGAAACAAGAGAUAUCCUAUUAACCAAUAAUUUACACGUUCUUAUUUCAAUGUUAGAUGUGGCCUUAUUUAUUAUGUCACUAGAUCUUCUCUGCCUUGCUCUAAUGACAGUCAGUGUUUAUUGUAGUAUUAAGUUAGCUUGUGUUGUAUCUGCAUUUUACAUUCUACCCAUUCUUUUAUUUCUACAAGCUGAUGAUGAAUGGCAGAUUGUUCAUUGGAAAAAUCACUUGAAAUUUCUAGAGGAAGCAAGGUUGUCACCUGAGGCAAAGUACUUGAUCUCUAGGCUGCUUUGUGAUGUUGAACAAAGACUUGGUACCUUAGGUGCUGACAAGAUAAAAGCUCAUCCUUGGUUCAAAGAUAUAAUUUGGGACAAACUCUAUGAGAUGGAGGCAGCAUUUAAACCACAAGUCCUUGGGGAACUUGAUACUCAAAAUUUUAUGAAUUUCGAUGGGGCGGAGGUCCCAAAAUCAGCAAGAACAGGAUCUGGACCCAUAAGAAAGAUGCUUUUAACUACUUAAGAUCUUAGUUUUGUUGGGUAUACAUAUAAAAAAUCUUAUGCCGUCAAAGGGUUACAUCAGUCAUUUGGUACACUGUUCUAGUCCCCUCGUGUAUUAUCCAUACUGUACUUCGGCUUCAACCUGUUCCUCAAAGGAAAUUUCCUUUUCCCAAGGUAGAGAAAUUGCAAUGUGCCAUUUGGAGGAAAGAAUAUUUACUGUCUGCUUUAUCAUUGUCUUUUUAAUUCUCUGUGUCUACUUGCGUUUGUUUAGCUGCAUGUGAUUCAUAACGCUUCCUUUGAAUAAUUCUCAAAGUCCACUCAACCACUGCAGAUUUAAAAAAAGUGGCUUACCAAGAAAAUCAUCCACAUACAGCGUUCACAGUAAUAAAUCCUCUUCCUACACUAACUAGCAUUUUUAAGUCUUCUUUUCGUAUAUUAAUUUGAGUAAGAUGUUGAUAAUGGAUAACAUUUUCCUUUAGAUGAUUCUGCAGUUGACUAUUCAAGUACACUAAUGAGUAAUGACAACCAAGGAACUCAAGUGCUUGCAUCAUCAGACGAUGCCAUGUCACAGUGAGCAGUGUUCAUCCCUUUCCAUAUACAUAAAGCAUCUUGCAUAAACUGCACUAACAAGCUCGUCUUCUUAAGACAGGAGAGUCUCCCUCCUUAUUUCCGCGCUAGGUAGGAACUGUGCCAUUCUUGAAGUUAGCUGUUGUGUUUGCACUUUGCAGAACUUCCGAGUGUACAGUCAUAUGACUCAUAUCUGCAAAGCAUGAGGGGAUGUCACUUGAUGGGUCUGGUUGGUCGCAAUAGUUUCAGACUGGAUAAUUAACUUCUCUUGUGGCUGUUUCCGAUCCUCAUUCCAAUCCACCCUACGUCCUUUCCCUUUUCUUUGAACACGAGACUGGUUCCAAGCUGUCCUGAUGUGUGUUUACUAAUGUCACAGACUGAUUUUGAAUGAAAUCUUUCAUCCUUU